CAGGUAACUGGUACUAACUAGCAUUGUAACAGAAAGAGAGACAGACCCAAUUACGUAGUGGUUCGGUUGCGUUGCGUUGCGUGCGAUCUGGAAGGAACGAGAAAGAUGAGAAGAGAAGACACGUGCGAGCGCGUGGAGAAGGCGCUGCGGGAGUGCCACCGGCGAGUUCCGGCGGGUCCGAGUCGCGACUCAGCGUGCCGGCACCUUAACCAGGGGCUGGCGAUGUGCCUCGUUUCUCUGGCGUGUCCUGGGGAAUCGGAGGCGGUGCGCACCCUCUGCUCCAGCGCCGGCACCGCUCACAAGCGCCACCAGUGCCAGCAGGCGCAGCUUUCUCUCUCUCUAUGCCUCUCUUCUCGUCAAAACAAUUCCCUGACCUAAUUUUCGCUAUUUUGAUUUCUGUAUUGUGAUUUUUACUCAAGAUAAGCAAUUAUUCUUUUUCCUUAUUAUGUAAUGUAAUUUAGUUUUGAUUUGAUCUGUAAUUGAAAGUGAAUUUGUUAGGGAAGAAAACAAACUAUUUGAAUUACA